AUGGCGGAACUCAACAUCGGAGCGACAGCGUGGCGCCGCGUAGAGGUUGGCCGUGUUCUCAAGCUUGAGAGCGGCAGCCUCGCUGCUAUCGUCGAGAUCAUCGACCACAAGCGCGCUUUGGUCGACGGCCCCUCCUCCAACGAGAAGCUCGUCACCCCCCGCGGCGAGGUCUCUUUCGCCAACACCCUCCUGACCCCCAUCGUCAUCGAUAAGCUCCCCCGCGGUGCCCGGACAGGUACCGUCAAGAAGGCCUGGGAGGCUGCCGGCGUUGACGCCAAGUGGGCUGCCACCAACUGGGCCAAGAAGCAGGAGAAGCAGGAGAAGCGCCAGGCCCUUACCGACUUUGACCGCUUCAAGGUUAUGCGGUUGAAGAAGCAGAGAAGGUUCGAGGAGCGCAAGGCUCUCGCCAAGAUCAAGUCCUCGGCUUAA